UAUGUCACAGAAACAUUUUUAGCAAUGUCUCACAUAUAAAAAGAAACACGGGACAUACAUUGCCAUAGUCAAUCUUCGACAUUCGCAACAGCAACAAUGGCAGCUAAGUUCGUCAUCGUCCUCGCUCUGGCCGCGGCCGCCUCCGCCGGACUCGUCCCCGUCGCCAAGGUGGCGUACGCGGAACCGGAAGCGCCCGCGCACUACGAGUUCCAGUACUCGGUGCAGGACGGCCACACCGGCGACGUGAAGCAGCAGCAGGAGGCGCGCGCCGGAGACGCCGUGCACGGCUCCUACUCGCUGGUGCAGCCGGACGGCGUGCAGCGCAUCGUGGACUACACCGCCGACGCGCUGCACGGGUUCAACGCCGCCGUGCGCUACGAGGGACACCCCGUCGCCGCGCCCGCCUCAGCCAAGCUCGCCUACGCCGCGCCCGUCGCCAGAGUAGCCUUCGCCGCGCCCGUCUCCUACGCCGCUCCCGUCGCCAGAGUAGCGUACUCCGCUCCAGUCGCCUACGCCGCUCCCGUCGCCAAGGUGGCGUACGCUGCUCCCCUCGCCCAAUUCGUCAUCGUCCUCGCUCUGGCCGCGGCCGCCUCCGCCGGGCUCGUCCCCGUCGCCAAGGUGGCGUACGCGGAACCGGAAGCGCCCGCGCACUACGAGUUCCAGUACUCGGUGCAGGACGGCCACACCGGCGACGUGAAGCAGCAGCAGGAGGCGCGCGCCGGAGACGCCGUGCACGGCUCCUACUCGCUGGUGCAGCCGGACGGCGUGCAGCGCAUCGUGGACUACACCGCCGACGCGCUGCACGGGUUCAACGCCGCCGUGCGCUACGAGGGACACCCCGUCGCCGCGCCCGCCCCAGCCAAGCUCGCCUACGCCGCGCCCGUCGCCAGAGUAGCCUACGCCGCGCCCGUCGCCAAAGUAGCCUACGCAGCGCCCGUCUCCUACGCCGCUCCCGUCGCCAGAGUAGCGUACUCCGCUCCCGUUGCGUACGCCGCUCCCGUUGCCAAAGUGGCCUACUCCGCUCCUCUCGCUCAAGUCUCCUACUCUUCUCCCGUUGUCUCCUACCACCACUAGACUAUUCCAAAUAGGACAUUUAACUUAUAGAUAAGUAACUUAUUGAUGUGAUAUAAAUAGAUAGAAAUAAAAUAUUUGUUUAUGUUUUAAA